CCAAGCAGUCUAGGCGCAUGCGCAGAAGGCCGGUUCGGCGCUGCCAGCCUGAGCCCCUCAGAUACCCCUCGACAUGGCGCUGAGCCGGCGUCUGCGACUUCGGCUCUGCGCGCGGCUGCCUGACUUCUUUCUGCUGUUGCUCUUCAGGGGUUGCUUGAUAGAGGCAGUGAAUCUUAAAUCCAGCAACAGAAACCCAGUGGUACAUGAAUUUGAAAGUGUGGAACUGUCUUGUAUCAUUACGGACUCACAGACAAAUGACCCUAGGAUUGAAUGGAAGAAAAUCCAAGAUGGCCAAACCACCUAUGUCUAUUUUGACAACAAGAUUCAAGGGGACCUGGCAGGUCGUACAGAUGUGUUUGGAAAAACUUCAUUGAAGAUCCGGAAUGUGACACGGUCAGACUCAGCCAUCUAUCGCUGUGAGGUCGUUGCUCUAAAUGACCGAAAAGAAAUUGAUGAGAUUACCAUUGAGUUAAUUGUGCAAGUGAAGCCAGUGACCCCUGUCUGCAGAGUACCGAAGGCUGUGCCCGUAGGCAAGGUGGCGACACUGCAGUGCCAGGAGAGCGAGGGCUAUCCCCGGCCUCACUACAGCUGGUACCGCAACGAUGUGCCACUGCCUACAGAUUCCAGAGCCAACCCCAGAUUUCACAAUUCGUCCUUCCUGGUGAACGCGGAGACAGGCACUCUGGUUUUCAGUGCUGUCCACAAGGACGACUCUGGGCAGUACUACUGCAUUGCUUCCAAUGACGCAGGCGCAUCCAGGUGUGAGGGGCAGGACAUGGAAGUCUAUGAUCUGAACAUUGCUGGGAUUAUUGGGGGAGUCCUGGUUGUCCUUAUUGUUCUUGCUGUGAUCACGAUGGGCAUCUGCUGUGCAUACAGACGUGGCUUCUUCAUCAACAAUACACAAGAUGGAGAAAGUUAUAAGAGCCCAGGGAAGCAUGAUGGCGUUAACUACAUUCGGACAAGUGAUGAGGGUGACUUCAGACACAAAUCGUCCUUUGUUAUCUGAGACCUGAUGGCUGGGAGAGCACUUGCAAAUACCUCUAUUGGAGACUGGUCAAGGGCUGCUGUGAGCCCAGGGCACCUGGUCAGAGCUACCAUGCAGAAGCUUUUUGUUUUGGCCAAAGUCGAUUCCUUCCUUGCUCUUUAACAAGCCACACGAAUAAAAGAAAUCCUCCUGAAGAUGGGCAUAGUAACCUAGACUGUUGCUAGCCUGAUUCCCUUAUGGGGAUUAGGAUGAUCUUCAAUGCCUUUCUGUUACCAGUUUUCUUGUGCAGGGCAACUUGAACCGUUCUUGCCCCAGGCUGCUUAGCAGCCAGGACAGCGCUGGCUGUGAGAAGAUGGGCCGGGCUGCAGCAGCAGCUCUGUGAGCAUGCCCGCGGCUGUGCCCCAGGAAGGUUUUCAGGCAGUGCCUUGCUCCCUGGACCUUGACCCACCGUGUUGCCUCUGUUGAUUGGCCAGUGUUUUCAUGUCCAUCCUGGAAAAUUUGUUUGGAUCAGCAUUUUAUAAACACCCAAAUCAGAAAGGUAAAAUUGCUUACUGGAAAGAGAUCUUACCCAGAUGACUCUCUUUCCCAAGAGCUGCCAGGAUUUAGGAGAACCUCUGUCUUAAGCUAUGUCUGAAAUGGUACUGAAGUUUGCUUUUCUAUUGGUCUUUCUUAUUUUAUAAAAUUUUAACAUUCUAAAUUUUUGCUAAAGAUGUAUUUUGAUUAUUGAAAAUUUCUAUAUAAAUUGUAAAUAUAUUGCCACACAGUGUUUCAAAACGUAUUUUUUUAAGAGUUCAACUUAAGGUUAGAAGACUUGGGCUACUAGUGUUCAAUUGGAAAAUACCAGUAAUAAAGUCUUUUAAGGGAUUCUUUUAAGGCGGCUGGCUGAACCUUCCUUUGUUCACAAAAUGUUUUAGUAUUUUUUGUAAGAAAACUUACUGUCUGACCACUGUUGCUUAGGAAACUAUUAAAGAAUUCAAAUCUA